AGAUGUGUGCCCCGGGCAGCCCCCGUGUCCGCCCCAGCCGUCCAUCGACUGUGUGACGAGCUACCAGUACGAGACCGAAAACGGCUUCCAGUGUCUGCGCAGCUGCAAGCACUGGUGUUGCUCCACCGUGGAGGCGCUCCGUCACACGUGUCCGGAGACAAGCCCGGACGACCCGUACUGUGUGGGCACGAAUAUCGUCCAAUACACCAUCCGAGGGCGCGAGUGUCCCGUGUACUGCGGAUGUGUACCGGACUGUCUAAGGUUAACUUGCUGAGUGCGUAUUCGAUAGUUUACUAACUGGUCGUCCCUACGUCUUAACGACGUCAUUAAGUACCGACCUAACGGUUAACUUGCUGAACGGAAAAAACUGAAAUAAAUGAGACCUAAAUACUUUUUGUAAGAGCAGUAUUGUGAUCAAUUUAAUAAUUUGUAUACAUGGUAUGUUGUUUGCUGCUAAUCAGUAACUAGUCUAAAGAAAGGUAUUAAGAAAGGUAAAUAUAACUUUCUAUGGGACUACACAUGCGUCAAAAUAAUAUCAAAGUGGCAAAUGGUUAAGCACAACCAUAUUAUGAUCUGGAUUUUCAAAUUUGCCAUACCACUGUCCUCUGAUAAAAAGGUUGUGCAUAUUAUCGUCACAUUGCAAUUCAUGUGCACACCAAUUUAUAUGUUACGUAUCUCAAAAUGAACUCAUUGUAAUGGUUUUUGUAUCGCUGAUUAUAGUAAAAGUCACUUUGCUUUUGACAUUUAUAAAAACGAAGGUUUAUGCAUAAUAUUACUAUCAAAUGACAAACAUACAAAAGGCAAAAAUAGCCUUAUAACAAUACCAAGCCAAAUUAAAAAAUCAAUAUAGAAACACUGUCAUAAUCUUGGGCCUCUGGUGGAUCCGAACGGUCUUGCAUAAUACACACAUUGCCCUUCAUAAUUGUAGCGUAUACAUACCAAAUGCAACUGCAGAUACAUCUGAAGAACAGAUCUCUUACUAUCACUAUAACAUGCAGUCAUUUAUUAAAAUAAAGAAAAACGCUUCCUUAGAAAUUACAGGCUCCAAUUAUAUGAUAUGUUACAUUUUCUUUUUCGAUUUUUUCGGACGGAAAUUCACACGGCCGGUUGAAGAAAGGAAAGGAUUUGCAGAGAGACAUACAGAAAACACAAGGCCGAACGUGGUACAUGGCGCAGAAGAAGAAGCAGUGUGCGAAGUGUUAUGAUUGUGACAUGAAGAUUGGCAAAUUCGACAUGGUGGACUGUGAUGGAAGCUGCUACACCCUGGAGGGACGCUCCGAGGAGGGCGAGCAGUACAUCAAACGAGGCUGUCUGUCCAUGAAACUCGACGACAACACGUGCAACUCGGGGCGCUUCGAUAGCUACUUCGGAAAUGUGUGCGCCUGCAACGGAGACAUGUGCAACCCUGCCAAUGUUCAUCGACCUGGCAUCAUCGGCAUGAUUGUGGCCUCUCUGUUAACAGUGGUGGUUGGAAGUCUGGGACUGACGCGCAUGUUUUAGUUGCUAAGUGUACAUUUUACGUGUUAAGUUGUCAUGACAAGCAAUUUGUAUAAAAAUGGUAUUUGAAUUUUUGCGGGUAUUUUUAUGCAAUAAAUUUAUAAAUGUA